CGGGCGAAGCAUAAUAUAUUGCGGUACCAAGUAUGAAGUACUUCGUAUGAUUUAUGCGUGCAUUUAUGGAUACUCAUAAUUAUCAAAGCAGCUCAAUAAAUCCAUCAUCUUCAUCCCCUAGUAAUUAAAGCACUACUACUACGAUUCUCCGAAGUAUAGAGCUAGUCCUAAAAAUUAAACCCCCCACCAGGCCAUUCUCAUUCACUCAUUCACUUCCAUAUUACAAGUUUCAAUUCUCAUUCAGUCUUCAGUUUUCCAGCCUUCCAAAUUUCGUCAAUUAAUUUGGCUUGAUCGAAUGGAGAUGUCAACGAUAAUGUUCUUCUGGUUCCUUCUUUGUGCUGCUCUGAUUGUUGACCCAUCAAAGGCUGACAAAAAUGUUAGCAAGACUUUGAUACCGAGCGCCGUUGCUGAAGGAGCCGUGUGUUUGGACGGAAGCCCGCCCGCGUACCAUUACGAUGCAGGCAAAGGUUCCGGUGCACGUAACUGGCUGGUCCAUCUGGGAGGAGGAGGGUGGUGUUUAAACAGCACCAUAUACCAAAAUAUGACCUACGCCAUUGCCGAAAGCUGCAGUACUCGUGCCACGUCCAAAUUGGGAUCCUCUUUCCACAUGACUGAUUUCCUGUUUGAAGGAAUAUUUUCUGAUGAAAAAAAUCAGUCUUUUUUUUACAAUUGGAACCGGGUCGUCGUGGAAUACUGUGACGGCGGUUCAUUCUCGGGAGAUGUGGAUCAACCUGAUCCGGCAACAAAGCUUUUCUACAGAGGCGCCCGGAUUUACAGAGCUGUGAUGAAUGAGUUAAUGGCUAAAGGCAUGAAAGAUGCCGAAAAUGUGAUCCUUGCCGGAGGUUCCGCCGGUGGAAUAGGUGCCAUGAUCCAUUGCGAUCAUUUUAGAAGCCUAUUUCACCCGACUGUGAACGUCAAGUGUUAUAUUGAUAGCUCUUUGUUCUUAAAACUGAAGGAUCCCAAGCGUGCCAUGUUUUUCAAGACUAUAUUCGGCACGGUUGUUGAACUGCAGCAAAGCGCCAAGGCAUUGCCGGCAGAAUGCAUAUCGGAGCGAAGCCCAUCAGCGAAGGUGAGAUCGGAGGAGAUCAAGGUAGAAGCCUCGGUUAGGGUAUCGCGAUUCGAGGAAUUGAGGAUCAUGUUGAAGUUGAUUUCGAGAGCUUCCGCUAGAACACAUAGACUAAAGUGAUUGAAUAAUUUAUUUUAGUCUUAAUUUUAAAGAAUUGUAGUUGAACAAUUAAUUUUGGAAAAUCUUAAUUGGUUGGUGGUGGAUAGCCUGUGCACUCGGUUAUGUGAGAACCGAGUGUGGCGGUAACGCCCCUGUUUCCCUUUGAAUUUUCCGCUGCAAGACUCUGAUGUUUUCGAAUAAAUCAUUAUUUACUUUGAAUAAAUCAUUAUUCAAAUGUAUUUUUGGGUGGGAAAUUUGGGGGUGUUACAAAUUGGUAUCAGAACCUCUUCUUUUAUAAAAACGGGGUUUCAAAUAUUUUUGAGAUUUUCUAAAAAGAGAUAUCAACAAGUUGGUAUCAAAGCCUUUGAUUUUUAAAUUGGGAAUUUUCAAAUAAAACUUUCCUUAUGUGACUACGAUCUUCAAAAAGACUUUCUUUUAAAAUCGAUUGAAAUUUUUCAAAAAGUUUCCAGAAACGUUUUUUUUUCUUCUUUGAAAAAAAUUUAUAUCGAUCUUUUAAUGCUCUUAUACAAAAAGAAAAAGAAAUUUAGGAAUAAUAAGUCUUAUUAAAAAAAAAAAAAAAAGAACAAGUCAAGGAAAAAAAAAAACCUAGGAUACGGGUGAGAUGUGAGAUUUUGAAAUCUAUUUUGAUGGAGUUUGUGGUUCUUUGAAUUGUUUGAGUUAUACUUAUAUGAGAUAUAUCACUAUUGACUCAGUUGAGAAUGAGUUUGGACUUUUAGAGGAACUUACCAAAUUAUGUGAGUAAUGAAUUAAUAGUGAAGGUAGUAUAAUUGUGAAUGUCAUUGAUAUACUUCGUGUCCUAAACAUUAUUCUUUCAAGUAGACAAUGAAGUCAACGAGAACCAAAAUAGAAGACAAUAUCGCCGCACCGACGAAUGCGGAGUUGGCUCAAAAUGUGGUUCAACUCAUCCAGACUAUCGGGAGUGUGUUAAUUCAGAACCAACACCAACAACGUCUCAAAAACCGCAAUGAUGUAGCGAAACUUGUAGCGAAGCGCAAUCCACCGUGUUAUUUAGGCCAAGAAGAUCCUCUCAUCCUUGAGGAUUGGAUUCGCACUUUCGACAAACUCUUCGAUGCUAUAAACUGCCCUACAGAUCAACGAAUUAAUACGGCUGCGUACUAUCUACGUCAAGAAGCAGACAAUUGGUGGGCCACGACUGCCCUAACGUUGCGUCAACAACCCGACUUUUCUUGGGAGACGUUCAAGGAGGAAAUGCGAAAGAGAUUCUACCCAGAGCACGUGAGAGCUGAGAAGUAUGAAGAAUUCUUACACCUGAAGCAAGUAGGCAUGACUGUCCAAGAGUAUCACGCUAAAUUCUUGAAUCUCGCACGAUUUGCU